CCCUCCUCCCCCGUCAGACUCCAUUGCUCCCUCUCGUCUCUCUCAGGUUUUAGUUUUCCUCCGUACUCGCGGCGCCAUGUUGACGUUUGUUCUCCGGCUGACGCUCGGCUCGAUGCUGCUGCCACUGACCGCCGCGCACCUAGGUUUUCUGAUCUGAUGAAUUAUAACGAGGAAGACGAGCGAUGAGGUUUUCUUCGUGGCUUAAAGGAUCGUUUGUGGCAUCUUAUUGGUGGUUGCUGCGGCUUUCGGUUUGGAUGUUGAGAAUAUCGAGUUGUGGCGACAGUACUUCUCAUGUGGUGCCAGAACGGUCUGGAGGGGAACUGUGAAACGUUUAAAGAGCUUAGAUAAAAAGCACUUUUAGAAACACUGCCAAAUAAAUCACACAAAUAACUUGGAAUAAAAUGCCAGAAAUGAUAAAGAUAUUGAAAUAUUUUACAAAAUAAAGCAUAAAGUGUCCGCUAAGUUGCUAAAGUGGCUAAUAAAGCUAAUGUGGCUAACACAGUGUUUCUGGGCGGCGACUUGGCCCGGCAGGUUCUGACCCGCCAGAGACGAGCGAACAGUUUCCUGGAGGAAAUGAAACAGGGCAACAUGGAGAGGGAGUGCAUGGAGGAGCGAUGCAACUGGGAAGAAGCGCGAGAGAUCUUUGAAAACGCAGAUAAAACGGAUGAAUUCUGGGCCAAGUACAUUGAUGGCGACGCUUGCCAGUCGGUGCCGUGCGCUCAUGAUGGAGUUUGUAAAGACGGGGUCGGCAGCUACACGUGUUACUGCAAAGACGGAUACCAGGGCUACAACUGUGAGAUCGUUAUCCCCGAGCUGUGCGAGAAUACAAAUGGUGGCUGCCAGCACUUCUGUAACCUGGCCUUGGGAAACGUUCAGUGCUCCUGCGCCACCGGAUACUUCCUGGGAUCUGACGAUAAAUCCUGCGACUCCAACGAGGUCUUUAAAUGCGGCGCCGUGGUCACAGAAAACGUCCGGGCAGUUUUCCGGUACGAGCGCCAGAACACAACGCAGGGCAACGGUACCGUGUCGGGUCUGUUGGACCUCAGCACCAAUUCUAAAGUGUUGAACCAGACUUCAGUGAUGGAGAACAUCAGCAACAACAGCACCUUCCUGCCAGAGAACAGAGACUUCCUGCCGGAGGGCGCCGUGUCCGAGAAGAGGCUGUUCUCUCAGAUGGCCAGUAUGACGCGCAUCGUCAACGGAGAGGACUGUCCUCCAGGGGAGUGUCCGUGGCAGGCUCUCCUCCUGAACGAGGACAAACAGGGUUUCUGUGGAGGAACGAUCCUGAACGAGUACGUCAUCCUGACCGCCGCCCACUGCAUGAACGCCUCCAGCUACAUCUACGUGAGACUGGGGGAGUUUGACGUGUUGGUGAAUGAAGGUAACGAGGCGACGCACGAAGUGGAGACGAUCAUCACGCACCACAGAUACAAGCCAGACACCUACCACAACGACAUCGCAUUGAUGAAGCUAUCGACGCCCAUCAAGUUCUCUCAAUUCAUCCUGCCCGCCUGCAUCCCUGAGCAGGACUUCGCUGAGAGGGUGUUGAUGCGGCAGCCGGACGGCAUGGUGAGCGGGUUCGGACGCCUGGGCGAGGGCCGGCAGCCGUCCACCAUCCUGCAGCGCCUCACCAUGCCCUACGUGGACCGGCAGACCUGCUUCGAGUCCACGCAGCUGCGCAUCACCACGCGCAUGUUCUGUGCCGGCUACGACACGAUAGCCAAGGACUCGUGCCAAGGCGACAGCGGCGGGCCGCACGUCACGCGCUACGGAAACACAUACUUCAUCACCGGCAUCGUGAGUUGGGGCGAAGGCUGUGCUCGGAAAGGGAAAUAUGGUGUGUACACUCAGGUGUCCAAAUACAUCAGCUGGAUCCACGAGGGCAUCAAGCAGCUGAUGCCCAAAGAGAAGAGCGGAAGCCGGAAGAGGAGGCACCGCGGGCCGGCCCGGAGGCUGGUUCUGUAACCGUUAUACAUCCCUAACAAUGUGUCCAAACGCGUCUCAAAACCGAUCAUAACUUCAUGUUUUUAAAUUGUAUUGGCUUGCAGUUCAUUUGUCAACGUUUCCCGUGUUUCCAUUUUUAAAUGCUAUAUUCUGACCAUAAGAAAGACUUGAGUAAAUGUUCUGAUGGAAACACAAUCUUGUUUUUUAUUUGGUCCUCUUUCAUUUGCAUACUUGAAACAGCACGAGAAUAAAUAUCAAAAAACCCAAAAGGAAUAAUUCCACUUUUCAAAAGACAGAUUGUUGUUGGUAUAAAAGCUCCUUUAAAUACUUUAAAGAUAAUCUGCAUUUAUAAAUGUGUUCGUCAGAAUUAGCUGGAAUUGGACAGAAUAUGAUAGCAGUUUACAAGCAGUUUAUGCUAGCAUGAUAGCAAACAAGCUAAUCACUGCUAAAACGAUUACUUGAGGGGUUCCUCAGGGCUCGAUUCUCAGUCCUUUAUAUUUAGUUUAUUUUAAAUGAUUUCUUUCAAUUAUAGGGCUGCAACACAGCCUGUCUCACAUACUUUUUAACCAGUAUUGUUAAAAAAAAAAGUGCAAUUUGGAUCAAUUUAACAAUGAAAAUCUUGCAGGUUUGUGUCAGAAACGCUGUGUGUGUGUUCAUGUGUUUGUCUGAAAUUACACAUCAUCUUUGAUUUUGGGAGAUUUUAACAUUUAUAUUUGAAUAUUUUCUGACUUUUUAUAGAGAUAACAAUAAAUCAGUGCAACAGAUUUUAA